AGUCCCGCCCCCUCCCGCUACACGCCGCGGUUGCGAACCACCCUAGCGGAGCUGCUUGGCUGGGCUUCGGCGGCCGCGGAGAUGAAACCAGAGCCGCGGACGCUGCCGCCAUCCCCCAACUGGUACUGCGCGCGCUGCAGCGACGCAGCACCCGGAGGCGUCUUUGGCUUCGCUGCGCGGACCUCCGUCUUCCUCGUCCGCGUGGGCCCGGGCGCGGGCGCGAGCCCAGGGGCGCCCCCGUUUCGAGUUGUAGGAGAGUUGGUGGGACACACUGAAAGAGUAUCUGGCUUCACGUUUUCUCAUCACCCUGGACAAUACAACCUCUGUGCCACCAGCUCAGAUGAUGGGACUGUGAAAAUCUGGGAUGUAGAGACCAAGGCUGUAGUGACAGAGCACACACUCCAUCAGCACACAAUAUCAGCACUGCAUUGGUCUCCAACAGUUAAGGACUUAAUAGUCUCUGGGGAUGAAAAAGGAGUUAUUUUCUGUUACUGGCUUAACAGAAGUGACAGCCAGCAUCUCUUCCCGGAGCCCAGGACCAUUUUCUGUCUUACUUGUUCACCUCAUCACGAAGAUUUAGUAGCCAUUGGCUACAAGGAUGGUGUAGUAGUUGUCAUUGACAUCAGUAAAAAGGGAGAAGUUAUUCAUAGGCUUCGGGGCCAUGACGAUGAGAUCCACUCCAUAGCCUGGUGUCCUCUCUCCGGGGAAGACUGUUUAUCCAUAAACCAAGAGGAAAACACGGAAGAACCUGACAUUCCCAAUGGGAAGCUUAUAACAGAAACCCCUGUCACAAAAGGCUGCUACUUGGCCACGGGAAGCAAGGACCAGACCAUUCGAAUCUGGAGCUGUUCCCGAGGUCGGGGUGUAAUGAUUUUGAAAUUGCCGUUUCUGAAGAGACGAGGAGGGGGUGUGGACCCAACAGUUAAAGAACGUCUUUGGUUGACACUUCAUUGGCCCAAGAACCAACCAACACAGCUGGUAUCCAGUUGUUUUGGAGGUGAGCUGCUGCUGUGGGACCUCACCCAGUCCUGGAGACGGAAGUACACUCUCUUCAGCACCUCAGCAGAAGGGCAGAAUCAUUCCAGAAUCGUCUUCAACUUGUGUCCUCUGAAGACUGAGGAUGGCAAGCAGCUUCUACUAUCCACGUCUAUGGACAGAGAUGUUAAAUGCUGGGACAUGGCCACCCUGGAGUGCUGCUGGACAUUGCCUUCUCUUGGAGGCUUUGCCUACAGCCUGGCCUUUUCUCCUGUGGCUGUGGGCUGCCUGGCCAUAGGUGUUGGGGACGGCAUGAUCCGGAUCUGGAAUACGCUCUCUAUCAAGAACAACUAUGAUGUGAAGAACUUCUGGCAAGGAGUCAGGUCCAAGGUCACAGCGUUGUGCUGGCAUCCAAACAAGGAAGGCUGCUUAGCCUUCGGCACUGAUGACGGAAAAGUGGGGUUGUAUGACACCUGCUCCAACAAACCUCCACAGAUUUCAAGCACGUAUCACAAGAAGACUGUGUACAGGUUGGCUUGGGGGCCACCAGUCCCCCCCAUGUCCCUUGGAGGGGAAGGAGACAGGCCCUCCCUCACCUUGUACAGCUGUGGAGGGGAAGGCAUUGUACUGCAGCAUAACCCCUGGAAGCUCAGUGGAGAGGCCUUCGACAUCAACAAACUCGUGAGGGAUACCAAUUCCAUCAGAUACAAGCUGCCUGUUCACACGGAGAUCAGCUGGAAAGGAGAUGGCAGAGUCAUGGCAAUCGGCAAUGAAGAUGGGUCCAUAGAAAUCUUCCAGGUCCCCAACUUGAGACUGCUCUGCACCAUCCAGCAGCACCACAAGCUCGUGAACGCCGCCGUGUGGCACCAUGAGCACGGCAGCCGUCCAGAGCUGAGCUGCCUCCUGGCUUCUGGCUCCAACAACGCGGUCAUCUACGUGCACAACCUCAGGGCUGUCCUAGAGAGCAGUUCUGAGUCUCCAGUGACCAUCACAGAGCCCUACCGGACCCUGUCGGGGCACACAGCCAAGGUUACCAGUCUGGCGUGGAGCCCGCAUCAUGAUGGACGGCUGGUCUCUGCUUGCUAUGAUGGCACAGCUCAGGUGUGGGAUGCCCUCCGGGAAGAGCCUUUGUUCAAUUUCCGAGGACAUCGAGGCCGGCUGCUGUGUGUGGCGUGGUCCCCAGUGGACCCAGAAUGCAUCUACUCGGGUGCAGAUGACUUCUGUGUAUACAGGUGGCUGACCUCCAUGCAGGACCAUUCCCGGCCUCCUCAAGGGAAAAAAAGUAUUGAACUAGAGAAAAAACGGCUCUCUCAACCUAAGCCAAAGCUUAAAAAGAAGAAAAAACCUAACCCGCGACUGCCUAUAAAGCAAGAUUCAUCCAUUGGCACCGAAGAUGAAAGUGUAAGGGAGAACUCAGGACCUGUUGAGAAUGGCGUGUCAGACCAGGAUGGUGAGGAGGAAGCCCAGGAGCCAGAGCUGCCACCCUCUCCAGUUGUUUGUGGAGAACCUGCUUCCUGCACUGCUGUUUCCUUAGGCUUUGAAAAGUUAAAAGUCACUGUGAGUAGCAAAGCCACCUCCCUGAAAAAGGAGCCACCGAAGGAGAAGCCAGAAGCCUUGCUCAAGAAGAGGAAGGCUCGCUCCAUGCUCCCUCUGAGCACCAGCUUAGACCACAGGUCCAAAGAGGAGCUCCAUCGAGACUGUUUGGUACUGGCGACUGCCACACAUGCCAAAGCAGAGCUAACUGAAGAUGUGUCGGCUGACCUUGAGGAACGAUUCCACUUGGGCCUUUUCACUGACCGGGCGACUCUGUACAGGAUGAUCGAAACAGAAGGAAAAGGUCACUUGGAAAGUGGCCACCCUGAGCUUUUUCACCAGCUCAUGCUCUGGAAGGGAGAUCUGAAGGGUGUUCUCCAGGCCGCAGCAGAGAGAGGCGAGCUGACGGACAGUCUUGUGGCCGUGGCACCAGUAGCUGGCUACAGUGUGUGGCUGUGGGCCGUGGAAGCCUUUGCCAAGCAGCUGUGUUUCCAGGAUCAGUACGUCAAGGCUGCCUCUUACCUGCUGUCUGUCCAUAAAGUGUACGAGGCUGUGGAACUUCUCAAGUCAAACCAUUUCUACAGGGAAGCUAUUGUAGUUGCCAAGGCUCGGCUGCGCCCUGAGGACCCUGUCCUGAAGGACCUGUACCUCAGCUGGGGGUCCAUCCUGGAGAGAGAUGGCCACUACGCGAUCGCAGCCAAGUGCUACUUAGGAGCCACUUCCGCCUAUGAUGCAGCCAAAGUUCUGGCCAGAAAAGGAGACGCAGCCUCUCUUAGAACAGCUGCAGAGCUGGCUGCCAUCGCAGGAGAAAGUGAGCUGGCUGCUUCGCUGGCUCUCCGAUGUGCCCAAGAGCUGCUUGUGGUGAAGAACUGGGUGGGCGCGCAGGAAGCCUUGGGGCUGCAUGAAAGCCUGCAGGGCCAGAGACUAGUCUUCUGCCUCCUUGAGCUUCUGUGCCGGCACCUGGAGGAAAAGCAGCCCGCAGAGGUCAGAAGUCCCGCCUCCGUUUACCACCAGUGGGCCACAGGCUCACAGGGAACCUUGGUGCAGAGAGUAACUGGCGUGUGGCGCAGCAGCUUCAGUGUGGACACCCCGGAGCAGUGUCGGGCCGCCUUGCGGAAGCUGCAGGACGUCAAGUACCCAUCUGCCACAAGUAACACUCCCUUCAGACAGCUGCUGCUUCAUAUCUGCCAUGACCUGACCCUGGCUCUGCUGAGCCAACAGGCUGCCUGCUGGGAGGAGGCUGUGCCAGCCUUGCUGCAGGCUGUGGUUCAGAGCUACACCUCAGGGAACUUCACCCUCAUGCAGGAAAUCUACUCAGCCUUUCUUCCGGGCGGCUGUGACCACCUACGAGACAAGCUGGGUGACCUCUCUCCUGCCAUGGCAGCUUUCAAAAGCUUGGAGGCCUUUUUUAUAUACGGGCAGCUGUAUGAAGUCUGGUGGUCGCUCUGCGGCCCUGACCCUGCGACAGAUGUCGGGGUGUGGUCAGCUAAAAGCACAGUCUCUGACGGGCAGAGCAAGCCCUCGGACAGCGCCAGUGCCGAAGAUGCAGAACCUGGGGCUGCUGCUCAGCCGCAGUUGAGGGAGGCUCCAGGCCCAGGUCUGAGGCUCAGUGCAGAGAGUGAGUGUUUGCUGAGUGCCUGCAAGGAGCUCUUCUCAGAAAGGCAUGCCAGCCUACAGACCUCCCAGAGGGCUGCUGCUGAAGUCCAGGAGACGCUGGCAGAGAUGAUCCGCUGGCACCAAAAGAGUCAGCUCUGCAAGGCCACGGCCAAUGGCCCCAACAAAGAUGAAGCCAGCCAGGAAGCAGAGCAGACCUCUUCCCGACCUCAGAGCCCAAGGAUCCCUAUGAGGACCUUGGACGCUGUUCCUGGCUGCCUCUCACUGCCUGGGGACCCUGAUCUUUCACACUUGCCUGCUGUCUGUCCUCUAAAGCCCUUAUGGUCUGUGUCACAAGUAGUAGAAAAGUGACAAACUACAUCUUCCUAUGUGUCUCGUCCCAUUCUGUUGCCUUCUCUUGAUCUCUGUAUUUAUGAGCUGAAGUUACUUAGGCAGAACAAGUGGCUGGAUUCAAGAAAGUACAGAGGAUGAGAAAAGAACGGACAAAUGACCAGUGAACCCAGGAAGACAGUCACUGUCAAACUCGGUCACUGGGGACACAUAAGCCAAGACGCAGUGAAAGGCUGGCUAUAGCUGAGUAGAGAGAAUCUUGUCCCCCGCAUACAGGAAGCCCUGGACCCCUUCACUAGCCUCACACUGACAGUGGUGCAUGCCUGUAAUCCCAGCACUGGUGGGGUAGAAGCAGGAAGAUCAAGAGUUCAAAGUCAUCCUCAGUUACAUAGAGAAGGGCAAGGUCAGCCUACAUAAGACCUUGCCUUUAAAGGAAAAAACAAAAUGAAACUGCCGUGAUACACCACUUUACUCCCAUGUGCCGUGGCUGCUGCCAGGAAUGGCGCCGCACGGCGUGGACCUUCGUUCCUGGGGAGAGCACCAUGCCAGUUCCUGGGGAAUCAGAAACUGAGACUGGCUGUCAGAUCUAGCUGUUCUGCUUCUGUGUCAAAAGAAUUGAAAGCAGGGCAGCCUGACAUGUUCUGCAGGCCUGUAAUCUCAGCACUCAGGACCUCAGGCUUGAAGCCAGUCCAGGCUACACCGAAAGAUCCUGUCUAGAUAAGUAAGUGCAGGGAUGAGGAAACAAUUGCAGUCCACUCUUGGUGUAAGCAUCUGCAGCACUGUGAGAUAGCAUUGAGAUGGAGAGGCAGCCCGGUGUCCAAGGACAGGCGACUGCACUAGCAGAAACGAAGUCCUGCUCCCUGUUUCGAAGGGAGGAAAUUGGGGCGCAGACAAGGUAAAAGCCACAGUGAUUCCUUCGAGACAGAAGUGUGUGCUGCCAAGAACAGGGGGAGCAGAGAUGAAACACUGUCGUGGAAGGGCAAGGUCCAGCCUCCCAGAGCCUGGUCCGGAGCGUAGGUGUGGUGGUGAAUGCCUAACUCCAGUCAGAGGCUAUAACCAGGUAUACAAACCAAGUUCCAGGCCAGUCAGGGUCCCACAGUGAGACACUGACUCAGAAGUUCUGGGCCUGCGUGGUAGUGAUGGUCACGCAGCAUGAUGAGUGGAUGUUUUUAGAUGGUUGACAUGGUUUUAACUAUUGUUUUACCACAAUAAAAACCGCAGUGGGGGCAGGUUGCUCCGUGGGUAAAGGCACUUGCCACCAGGCCUAUAUAUAUGGAGGAAGAGAACCAUUUCCUGAAAGUUGUCUUUUGGCCUCCACAUAAAUACAUUGUGUCAUACAAGUACAAUCACAAGUGCACAAAUAGAUGUUCAAUAAAAAAGUUUUGUGGUUUGUUUUGGUUUUUCAAUAAAGGAUUUUUCUGUGGAGCCUUAGCUGUCGUGGACUUGCUUUGCUUAAUAGACCAGGUGAUCCACCUGUCUCUGCCUCCCAGAGUGUUGGGAUUAAAGGCAUGCACCACCACCGUGCCCAGAAAAAGAUUUUUUUUAAUUGAAACAUUUGGGGUAAAAAAUUAGGUGACCAUU